GUACUGCUUGCCCGCAGACAUGGCCGGGGCACUGAAGAAGACCACUGGGCUUGUGGGACUAGCUGUAGCUGAGAAUCCUCAUGAGCACCUGAGAAUACUGUAUACAAAAAUCCUCGCUGCUCUGCAGGACAUCCCCAAAGAUGCAGCAUAUAGGAAAUACACUGAACAGAUUGUAAAUGAGCGGUUUAACAUGGUAAAAACAGAACCUAAUGUGCAAAAACUAGAAGACAAAAUGAAAAGUGGUCAGAUAGAAGAAGUGAUAAUACAGGCUGAUGAGCUCUCUCUGGCAAGAAAAAUGGCACAGUGGAAACCAUGGGAGCCUUUAGUUGAAGAACCUCCUACUGACCAAUGGCGAUGGCCAAUAUAAUAGUCAGCAUUAUUUCUGCAACUACUUGAGAAUCGAAAAAAACACUUAAAUAAAUAUUAGUAUCAUGUUACUGAAAAUUGUUUGUCUUUAAAUUAAAGAAAAUAGCUUUUUGUAA